AAACGGCCGUAUAUUUCCCCGCCUGUAGCCUUUCAGAGGCCGGUGGAGGAAGGAGCCGGAUGUGCGGAGUCUCUGGGGGAAAAGGGCUCCGCAGCCCAAGCGCACCGCUCCGCCUCCCCAGGCACCGCAGGCACUCAGGCCGCCCUGUCCCGGUCACUGAGACCGGGAAGUGUUGAGCCGGGGCCGUUUCCGCCUUCCAGGGGACUCAUUACUUCCUCGGCCGCCUAGCCUGCCCUGGUCCCGGGAGCCCCGCGCCCCCCGCCUACGCUGCUCUCCCCUUCUGACUGGGGUGAGGGCGCCCCCUCUUCUCUGCGGAACCGCGGGCCCUGGGUCUCCGGGGACUUAAUCCAGCGUCCCUCUGGCUGUGCUGAGCAGCAACGGGUAUCCUUUGGAAUAAUCCACCCCCUCCUUCGACUCCAGACCUGGCCUAAGCGCUGCAGGAGUAGCUUGGCCUUCAGGCUCUGCUCCAGAGUCCCCACACCGCUGAGGCCAAACUCUACCUGGCUUCCUAAGAUCCAUCAUCCCUUCCCUGAAGAAGGGUGCGGUAUCUGCUGUGGGAAGCAGGGAGAGGCCCCCAAGCCCUUUGCUCCCUGCCUGGGGACGUGUCUGGAGGGCCUGUUGAGAAAGUCCAAAGAGUUCAAGACUGCAAAAGUCACUCCUCCUCCCCACCUCCAUGAAUCAUGCAACAAAGAGGGAGGAAAAAGCGCCGGCUGAGCAGAGCGACUUGACUCUUUGUCCUGCAGCCAGCCGGGCUCCAAACCCCCAUGACCAAGCACACAGGCUUCCGGAGGGCCUGCUCGCUGAGGGUGCCCAAGGCCCCGGGGCUCCUGGAUCGUGUCCCUGGAAGCUCCUAUGGCUCCUUGGAGGAGGCCCCUCUCCCCUGGGAAGCCGAGGAGGCUCCUUGGAGGGCGGACGGCAGCCUGGGCCAAAGCCAGGAAAGAGCUUCCCAGGAAGCAGCCAGAAAGAAGGGCAGCUGCAGACACCAAGCCCUAAGCCUGAAGGGGCAGGACAUGAAGGACGAAGAGGCCAGCCCGGCAGGUGAAGCCAGUGACGGGCAUCUGCUCAUUGGGCAGGCUCACGGCAAAGCCCAAGCCAGCAACAGGGUGAAGCGGUGCCAAAAGAAGCAGGAGGGCUUCCAACUUUUUCCAGUCAUCCCUGGAACGGAUCACUUUGAGAGAGGGUCCCCGUCCUUCCAUCUUAGUUUUGUGGCCUCACUUUGCACAGCAGGUCAAUCGUACCCUCCAGAGGGGCUGGCAGAGCUUCCUCGCCAACAUGCACAGACUGAUGCUGAUGCGUUCGGCCUCCCUGCCCACCCGCAGACAAUGACGGUCCUGUUCCUGGAAGCAGCUCCCCUGGAAGGAGCAGAGCAGACCCCAGAGAGCCACGGGACAGUCUCUUGGACAGGCCACCCACCAACGGCCCCAGCAAGGAUGGAGAACCAUUUCUCACAGGGGGAGGGCUUCCCUAUCAGAGUGGAGAACAGCUGCUGCCCUCCUUCUCCAAUGGGAACUGCCCCAGGCCUUCUCCUGUCCCCAGAUGGCCUGGAGGAGCACCCAGAAGGCAAGGAGAUUCAGGACCCUCGCGUGCCCUCUGAUUCGUGGAUCCUGGUUCUCACCUGUGGAUAAGACAGGGUUGGGCAGCCACAUGGACAACUCACCUCAAGCAGGCUUGUGAAGAGCAACGGCCUCUCUCUUCUGCAAAGAGUCCUUCUCAUACCGAUCAAUCCCUCCCCCCCCCAACAACUUUGGCUCUUGGCCAGCUGCAGGCAUCUUGGCCAGAUCCUUAGGGAUCUCCCAGGACUGUGAUGUUGGGAUGUGUGAUGUUGAGGGGAAAAGAGAACGGGGGAGGGGGCCUUCUGCCCCUCAAGUGCCAUCAAUAAAAGAAUGA